UUCUUUUGUGAAAAAAAAAAAAAGACUGACUUGUUAUGACUACACUGUGAGGUAUAUGCAGGCCUUGCUCCCAAGAAGAGGAGCUCGGAGCAAAAGAGAACCCCAAAACCGAAAAAAAAAAAGCCGGAAAAAGGUAGAUUAGGCUAGGACUAGGAGGAAGGGACUCCAAAUAUUUCGAUGCAGAUCUGUUGCCGUUGGAUUGCUUUUGCAAAACAAGAAGUUGGGUAUGCAAUAUAAGAGGAAAAAAUAAGCUUGACCCAAGAGGUUUGUUGGGUCGCCUGCGCAGUCGAAUAAGCUUUUUUUAUUCGUUUUCGGUUUGCGAAGGCGCUAUCAGCUUGCUGAUAUCAGGGCUGUUGUCCAUUUCAGUUAAGUUGGUAUCGUCUUUGCAUCAUGCCAUAUUAUAUCCAGAGGCUCUAUAAUACUUGCAAAGCCGCGUUUUCGCCAGAUGGGCCUGUCUCGGAUGAAGCCCUUGAGAAAGUUCGUGCCAUGUUAGAAAAAAUCAAGCCUUCUGAUGUAGGUCUCGAACAGGAGGCACAAUUGGUACGUAAUUGGCCAGGUAAUGUGCCGGAACGUAAUGGACACCACCCAUUAUUGCCGCCAAUCAAAUACUUGCAUUUACACGAGGAUGACAGUUUCUCCAUAGGAAUAUUCUGCAUGCCGCCUUCCUCAAUUAUACCUCUCCAUAAUCAUCCUGGAAUGACCGUGUUGAGCAAGCUUAUUUAUGGAUCAUUAUAUGUUAAUUCGUAUGACUGGCUUGAUUUACGGAGACCAGACAAUCCUUUGGAAGCAAGACCAGCAAAGCUUGUUAGAGAUACCGAGAUGACAGCUCCCUGUCCGGCAACAGUACUUUAUCCAACGAGCGGAGGCAACAUCCAUUGUUUCAGAGCUCUAACUCCGUGUGCUAUCUUUGACAUCCUAUCUCCGCCUUACUCUGCAGAAAAUGGAAGGCAUUGCACCUAUUUCCGGAAUUCCCCAAGAAGAGAUUUACCUGGUGACCUUGAGUUGGAUGGAGAGACAAUCCCCGGAGUGACUUGGUUAGAAGAACAUCAACCUCCUGACAACUUUGUGAUUCGGAGAGGGCUGUACAAGGGUCCUGUUAUUAGAACUUGAGAACUUCUUAUUUUGGUGGUGUUGGUUACAUUUUAGUGAAAUUUGCUUUUACAUGAUAGGAAACAUCGAGGGGAAAGAGUUAUAUUUGAGUGGUUGGAAGAGCCAUGACAAUAAUUAUGAUGUUUUUGGCUAAAGUAAGUUGGGGGCAUUUGGCUUGUACAUAAUAAUACAGGAGUACGCUCUUCGAUUUACUGACCUCACAUUAAACUUGUAGAGUAGUCGAUCAAGGUUUGGGAAAACACUUGUCGGUGAAAGGCAGUUUCAUCUCGGAAUUGGUUUGUUUAAUGACAGUAAUCAUAUUAGCUCUUUUUUCUUUUUC